AUUGUAUUCACAUAACAACAGUUGACACAUAGAUAUCACUAUUCAAUGAAUUCUGUGUUUCAAUCGUAACAUUGAAUACAAUUUCGAUGAAACAUAUCAUUUGAUACAGAAAUACAGGUUUGAAGUGAAAAGUGAUUGAAAAUGUGUUUUUGAAACACUGUCUCAUAAAUUGAAAUCACUUUUUCAUUUGAAACAACUUUUUUCCUUAACUACACUUACGGUGACUAUCAGUCACACAAUCUCUAAGUUUUUUGUGUCAAUCGUUUAUUUGUGUCCCAAAGUGUCUGCAAAUGAGUGUCAAUUCCGGGAAGCGAUUCAUUGCAAGGAUCUUACGGAUCAUUUUGGACACAAUCGCCGCACUCAUUGGCUUCAGAUAUCCCACGAAACAGCGAUAUCUGCCGCCCAUUGAUUGUCCCAUUCUUCUGGAGUCGGCCACGAGUCUCGCCCAACAGAUCAGAUCCGCUAAAGUA